CGAGAGCUUUGACAGAUGUCAGUUCAUGACUUGUGAUAUUUUUGUUCUGUGUGUUUAAAUGGAAACAACACACAAGCUGUAAAUUUCUGUACCAGGAGAAUAUGAGCUAACUACACAUUUCUGAAAAUGAAUUGCACUUUAGAAGAAAGCACAACAGAAAGGAUAUCGCCUCUGCUGGAGAAAAUAAUAAGUAGAAUACAGUCGCAAAACAACGCGCAGGAAUCCACACAAAAAGAUUAUAUGUUUAUAUUGAUUGUAGUUUUGAUGAUUGAAAAUGGAUUUCUACCUCUGAAAAGUGACUUGGAGUUGUUACACAAUGUUGAAUCCCUUGACGCCGAGCAGUUGAGAAAGUGGAAGAAUAACUCUUCUAUUUAUGAAGCAGUUUUUUCUAUGCCUGGCAUGGAGAGCUUUCCACUCAAAGUUAUAAUGAGCCCUUUAGGAGCAAUGGUCCUACUCAAUGUUUUGAUCAACAAAUUAGACUUUGAGACAUAUUCAGUUUGUUUGCCUGUCAGUAGAUAUGUUGUGUCACCGCAGGCAUCCAAAAUUCCAAUGAUUUUUCGUGAUUUGAAACAUUUAUCUACUGUAUUUAAGAAUAAAAUUUUGUCUGUAGUCAAAAGUAUUAUUCUUACACAAUUAGGAUAUUCAAGUGCUAGUUUGAUUGGUGUACCAGAAGAAGUGUUUAUAAAAAUUAUGUUAUAUCUUCCUGUUAAUGAAAUUGUUCAAUUAUCAAUGCUAUGUAAAAGAUUAAAUUAUUUAAUAGAUAAUGAAACUCUGUGGCAUGAAUUGUGUAAAAGGGACUUUGGUAAUCAGCUUACUAUCAGAUCUGAUGACUGGAAAGAGGUUUAUAGGGAAUUAUAUAUUGCAGAACACAAUAGAAAACUACCAGAAAGUCAUCGUUUAGCUGGAAGUAUGCAUGAUCAUAUGGAUUAUUCAGAUUUUGUAUCUUAUAUUGAUAACCCCAUGUGGGAUGUAAUAAUAUAAAUGAGGAAACAA